AUGUGUUUGACCAGGUUUUUCGUCGGUCUUGUUGUGCUUGCUAUAACUUGCAACGCAGUCGAACGCGGGGAUUUGAUCAUUGAACCGUCCACCACGGCACAUCCGAUGGACUUGAAUCAGCGUGUUGUCCCCAUCCACCCUGACAGGCCACUUUUCGACUUGAACGCAUCUCCACCCUCGUCUUCUUCAUACUCGCAAGCAUGCGAUUCGAGUAUCAGCCCAGAAGUGACCUCCACCCUUCAGCCGAGUUCAUCUCUAGUGACUCUCAACCCCUCCUUGAAUUCCUUGAAUGUGAAUGUUCAAGCAACGCCCUUGACUCCAAAAGAGCUUCGGUCUGGUAGAGACAAGUUCAAGUUACUCACAACUCACCAGACUGGCAGUGAUGUGGCAGGCGCCUAUGGAUUGGGUGAACAUGAAGAAAAGGGCCAUAACCUGUCUUCAGCACCUGUUAGACAUUUAGAACCAAGCGACUGGAACCAAGCCUCACAAAGUGGCGAUACAGAAGAUUUGAAAAAGCCUGAUUCCUCCCCUUCUUCGCAAAAUCUCCAAAACAGCAAAGGAACAACUUCCUGGGCUGGUCUAAAAGGUGAACCAUCAACUAAAAGAAGAAAAACUUCCUUCGACUCUCCCUUAGAUCUCAAUGAUCGAUCUGGAGAAAACUCAAACUCUCAACGCUUGUCAGAUCAGAAUCAACUGGGUCAAACACAUAACAGGGAUGUGGAUCCAGCAAAAACAUCUUCUGCACGCAAACAACUGAUUGAACUCAACCAGGAAACAGAUGAGAAAUUGUUGAAAGAUGAGUGUUUGGGAUUCCAGAAGAAUUUCAACCAGUACAGAAUGCAGUAA